ACCUAACACGCAUUCACACACAUCUCGGUCCACUUCUCCGGCUCUGCGCAAGGAAACUUCUCUGACUUUUGGUUUAUUUUCCGCGCGAACAGCGGGCAUGCGUGGUGAGGAGACGGCGGGAAGCGCGCGCAGGGAUGCGCUCCACUUUUUCAAAUGCACUUUAUAUUUAUUGUUCUUAUGCCUGAAACCGAAGAUUGUGCUUACAGCACAUAAUUCCGACUCCGACACGUUUGCCUUUUUCCACGAGGGGGUGCGAGGCUGUUUGGCCGUACGAGACCACGCGCUGUACCUCACAACAUCCUGUGAUGGUGAUGCUCAGCUCUGGAAGUGGGUCACCCGGAAUCGCCUCUUCAACCUAGGCACCUCCCUCUGCCUGGGUGUCAGAGUUGGAAACGGGAGUGCCUCGAGUGUCUCGCCUCGGCUCAGCGUGUACCGGUGUGACCGAGAACCAGCUCAGGUCCGGUGGUCGUGGAGCUGCAGCAAGUUCCUGGAUGAUCUCAGCACCUACUUGCCCAAUCCGAACCCACCAAGAGAUGACCGCAACGUCUCGACUGCUCGGGCCUCUCCACCUGCCGGAAGCUCACGGUGGAGACUUUAUGAUGGCGAGGUGGACCUCUGCGCCAAAACAUACCGUGAAAUCUACACCAUCCAGGGAAAUUCUCAUGGGCAGCCGUGUUACCUGCCUUUCCUAUAUGACGGCCAGUGGUUCCACAGCUGCACCAGUGUGGGGAGAGAGGACGGGCAUUUGUGGUGCGCCACUACACAUGACUACGGCAAAGAUGAACGCUGGGGAUUCUGCCCUGUUAAGAGUGCAGACUGUGAAACAUUCUGGGACACAGACUCACUGAUGGAUAACUGCUACCAGUUUAAUUUCCAGGCCACUCUGUCAUGGGAGGAAGCCCGCAUCAGCUGCCAACAGCAGGGGGCGGAACUGCUGAGCAUCACCAAGGUGGAGGAGCAGAGCUACAUCAACGGUUUCCUUACUGGGUAUAGCUCCACUCUGUGGAUGGGUCUGAAUGAUCUGGACCUCAACGGAGGCUGGCAGUGGUCUGAUUCGGCUCCUCUCAAAUACCUCAACUGGGAGACAGAACAACCAAACCACGAAGAUGAACAAAACUGUGGCGUGAUCCGCACAGAAACCUCGGGUCGCUGGCAGAACCGAGAGUGCUCCAUGGCUCUGCCUUACAUCUGCAAAAAACGGCCUAAUGCCACCCUUGAUCCUUUCACGACAGAGUCAUGGAUAGAUGAUGGACAGUACCAAUGUGAUAUCGGCUGGCAGAAUUUUCAGGCUGGCUGCUACAGGCUGAACUCAGACAAGCUGGAUUGGAAUUACGCUGAGAAAUCCUGCCAGAAGAUGGACGCCCACCUAGUCAGCAUACACACACUCCCAGAGCUGGAGUUUAUUAAUAUGCACAUGAAAAGAGAUGUAGAAGAGUUGUGGAUCGGACUACAUGACAUCGCCAUGCAGAUGAAUUUCGAGUGGACAGACCGCACACCUGUUAUCUUUACAUUCUGGCACCCGUUUGAGCCCAACAACUUCCUGAACACGCAGGAGGACUGCGUCAUCAUGUGGGGUCCCGAAGGCCGCUGGAACGAUAGUCCCUGCAAUACUUCGUUACCGUCCAUCUGUAAAAAAAUGGCUCAGAAGACAGAGGGACCGAUCCAAGACCAUGGGUGCAAACAGGGAUGGAAAUGGCACAGUCCUGCCUGCUUCAGGGUUAGUGAGGAUCUUGUGACUUUCAACAAUGCUAAAGGAGUGUGCGCCAGCUAUAAUGCCACAUUAGCCGUCAUCAACAACAGGUUCGAGCAGGCGUUUGUGAACAGCUUGGUGUUCGGACGUUCAGACGUUCAUUUCUGGCUGGGGCUGCACAACGAGAACAGCACUGGUCCUUUCCGCUGGCUCACUGGAGAGCAACUGACCUUCUCCAACUGGAACAGAGACCAGCCAGCUCUUCUUAAAGGUGGAUGUGUAGCCAUGGCAACGGGUCAUGCGACAGGCCUGUGGGAGGUAAAGGACUGUGUAAACGCACGCUCCAAGUUCAUUUGCAGACAGGACAAGGGAUCUUCAUAUACCCCUAGCCCUCCUGUACCACAGCCCACACCCCCUGUCACAGGGUCCUGCCCCCCUGAGUGGAAGAGCUCCAGCACUUUGCAUCACUGUUACAAGAUCUUUCAUACUGGUGAACUAGAAAAAAAGCUGACAUGGAUCCAGGCUCAUUUGUUUUGUCAGAAACACGGGGCCGAACUAGUCAGCUUUGGCAGCCCAGAUGAAGAGAGCUUUCUGUUUCAGAUCCUUCAUGAGACCUUUGGGGUGGAGGAGGAUCAUGAGCAGCACUGGCUCUGGAUUGGGAUAUCACGGCGAAUCAGUGACAGCUGGACAUGGAGUGAUGGAUCGGCUGUAUCGUAUCAGAACUUCGGUAGGGGUCCGUACAGCUCAGCUCUGUGUGGAGCUGCUAAUGUGGCAGAUAUCAACUGGGUAAAAGCUGACUGUAAUUCUGAACUAGACUGGAUCUGCAAAAUACCAAAAGGGAAAGCUGAGGUAGAGCCUGAGCAUACUGAAGAUUCUGGCCUCGACUGGGUCGAUUUUCAGGAGGCUGAGUACAAGCUGUUUGAGCAUCGCUCCACAUGGGACCAGGCCCAGAGGAUCUGUUCCUGGUUCGGUGCCUCUCUCGCCUCCAUACACUCUGCCAGUGAGAAACAGUUCCUGGCAAGCACGCUGCGUAAGAUGUCAAGGGUUGAGAGUGAGUUCUGGUGGAUUGGACUACACACGUUUGAGAGCGAUGGGCGAUUCCGGUGGUCUGAUCACUCUGUUCUCAACUACGCAUCUUGGGGAUACGGCCAACCUCGUCCCCUUACUAGAGACCGCAAGUGUGUCCACAUGUCUGCAUCCAAAGGGGACUGGGCAGAUAAAAAGUGUCAUUUAGAUAUGCCCUAUGUGUGUAAGAGAGUAAAUGUCACAGGCACUAUUCCUCCCACUCCGGCUCCUCCCCUCAUCCCAGCAGGCUGCCCUAAUGGCUGGAGUCCAUUCCUUCAUAAGUGUUAUCAGGUUUUUGGGAAAGAGGAAUCAAGACAUGUGACGUGGUCCGCUGCUCGCGCGAUGUGCCAAACUCAAGGGGCAACACUGGCCACAGUGCCCUCUCACAUUGAGCAAGCUUUCCUGGUGACUCUGCUGCCCAACUCAAGUUUUCAUCUGUGGUUGGGGCUCACCUCAGACUCUCAGGGACACUUUAAGUGGGCGGAGCCUGGUUUGCUAAGCUAUACAAACUGGGGUCCUGGGGAGCCAGUGAACAACAGUGGACAAAACAAAAAUUCGGCUAAUUGUGUGGUGCUGCUAAACGUUAGUCCCCAUAGAACCACAGGAAUGUGGGCAUCUCGAGGGUGUGAAUCAGAGAAACACGGCUACAUCUGCAUGAAAAACAAAGACCCUGGUAUUGCCCCUGGUGUGGACCCUCUUCCUCCUGUUACUGAGGGACUGCUGGAGUUUAAGGGCAAACAAUACCGCAUCUUACAGGCACGGCUAAACUGGGAGGGGGCUCUGCAUGUGUGUGAGUCCGUUAAUGGCAGUCUGGCCUCGGUGCGAGACCCACAGCAGCAAGCGUACCUCACGCUUCUACUCAAUGCCCUCCGCAAGCCUGCCUGGAUUGCACUACACAGUGAUGGGAGCCGUGGAUACAAAUGGUUGGGAGAGGAGGAAGUUACUUUUAGCAACUGGCGUGAUGGAGAGCCCAAUCUGAUGGCUGGGUGUGGUCACAUGUCCACCAGUGGCCAAUGGACUAGGUCAUCCUGUAAUGCAAAACUGGAUGCGACUAUCUGUGAUAUGAAUCCAGAGCGAGCAGUAGAUCACAGGUGGAUGUAUCAAGGUCACUGCCUACAGAAAGUCGGAGAUUGGUCCUGGAUUCCAUUCAGAAACCACUGUUACGCAUUUAACCUGAACCAGCUACGGCUACAGCACGAGGCCGACCGCACUUGCAAGAAAGUGGGAGCAGAACUACUGUCAGUGCUGGAUGAGACUGAAAAUGGUUUUGUAUGGCAGCAAAUUCAGAGCUACCAGGAUCAGGCUUUUGGGGCCUGGCUCGGCAUGACCUUCAAUCCCAAAGGAGGCAGCCUACAGUGGCCGGACAGUUCCGUGGUGGAGUACACUAACUGGGAGCAGCAGGAUGGUAAUCUGAGCAUGCUCUCGGCUAACAGCUGCUUCUGGGUACAGAGUAAUACAGGACUCUGGAAACCUGGAUCCUGCAAGAACCGCACACAUGGAGUCAUCUGUAAACGGCUGCGAGGACCAGAGGCUUCUGUCAAAAUAGCUGAUGUAGACCAUCUUCCUGCUCUUGUUCUAAUACUUCUGGCCGUGCUGGUCCUGAUCGCCCUCAUCGUGGGCGGAGUUUAUCUGUAUCGCAGGAAGAGCUCUGGCUCUGGCGGAUCCUAUGAGGGCGCACGUUACAGUCGCACUAACCUCUCCCCAUCUGAGGAGGCCGAGAAAAAUAUCCUGGUGUCGGACAUGGAGCUAAACGAGCAGGGGGAAUAAUGAAGGCUGCUUAAUGAGUGACUCAGAAAACUGGCCUGCACACACGAGGACUAAUUGAACUGACUUCAUGUUUUGUUUUGUUUGGAUUUUUUUUUUUUUUUUGUGGUGACAUUUAGAAAGCUGUGUGGAGCGCAGCAGAUGUCAAUCAAACACUAAGGUGGACCUCCACCCUUAUUUCGACUGUUGCGUCAUACCUGCACACCAACCAGAUCAGAAUUUGAAUCCACCAGUUUAAAAAUCGGCUAAAAGUGGCUGAUAUGCACAUAGUGUUUUUUUUAUUCUUCAUGUUAACUCUUUUCGAAAAAAUUCAGUUUAUAUUCAUGUAUAUGUUCCGUAGUAAACAUCUGGUUCAUCAUGUUUUUAGUAUUGCAAAAAAGAACGACAUACGACAGCUCAGAUUUCCAAAUUCACACAUAUACACACACACACAAAACUGCACCAAAGUGUUAUACCAUAGCAGUAUUUUUGCAGACUGUAACUGUGACGUGGUUUUAUUUUUUACUUUAUUCGUCUUUUUGAUUUGCCUCCAGCUUAAAGGAGAAUUAAUUUUUGAGUCCACAAAUCAUCUGCCUGUGGAUUUGUUCCCCUCAUCCCCCCCCAUUUUCAUGUCGAUUUUUUUUCUCACCUCUUUGCUUUCUCUGUUUCUCUUUAUCCUUCCAGCUGAAUGCUGGGUGCUGUCUGGAUGCGAUAAUCAUAGUGAUUAGAGAUGAAAGGAAUUGAUAGCAUGUGGAGCGUUUGACAAUGCAGAGGCGAGGCAGAGACACGGAGAGAACGCUGGGGGUAGAAAUGAGCUGUGUGGCUUAAAGAAUGAGAGUAAUUUAAAGGUCUUUUCAGCGUGGCUGGUGCUAGUUAAAGCACAACUGUGCUGCUGAGAUUAGCUGCUGCUUGGCUCGAUUUGGGAUCUUUUCUUUUUUUCAAGUGCUGUUUAGCAAUGCAUUCUUUUCAAAGUUUACAAAAAUGAUCUGAGGAAUGUGGCACCAGCUACAGCUACUAGCUUGCUGACUUUUUUAGUUUUUCCUUUUUUUUUCCACUCAUGAAAUAUUGAUUCAUAAAAGUCAAGCUGUUCCCUAU